AUUUUCCGUCUAUGCCUCCCUUCCCCUCCCCGCUGCCUUCCUUCCCCACUCCCGGUACCUCCUCCCCCGCUCCCUCUUUGCCCCCUCCCCGCACCCCCUCACAGGGCUGACGUGGUUCCCGAACGCCAGUGCGGACGACGAUUGGCUGGAAGAGGCUGCUACGGCCUCACACGCCUUGCCGCCGGCUCAGGUGCGGUGCUCUGCGAGCAGGAGCGCUGUAUCAGGACACGUGCGAGAGGAGGUCGUCAAGAUCGAGGAGAUCUCCACAGAGAUCGUGACCGUCCAGGAGAUAUCCACCGAGAUCGGACGGCCAGCCAGGUCCCGCCGAUCAGGGGCAAGAGCCGCGCGAGAAGCAGGCUCAGGCGAAGCGGAGGAGAAGAAGAAAGGGAAGAAGGGAAGAAGUCUGCCUGAACCAACAGCACAAGCAGCACGAACAGCAGGGGCAGCAGAAGCAGCAGAAGCAACAGAGGCAGCAGAAGCAGCAGACACGGGUGAUAGAGGUGAAGCGGCAGAAGCAGGUUCAGCAGGGGAAGCAGGCCCGAGCGGAGCAGCAGUUGCUGCUGCAGCUGGGGCUGGUGCCGGGGCAGCAGUGGCAGGCGCCGUGGUAGGAGGAGCUCUAGGCGCUGCUCUAGGCUCUCGGGAAAUCUCUAGAGACGAUCCCAGAGAGCAGUCCGCACCAGCGGCCUUCCCCCCCAGCCCCUCCGCAGCAGCAGCGGCCUUGCUGCCCUCUCCGCACCAACCAAUAGCAAUCUCCUGCAGCGCGCCGCCACGGGCAGCGGUGACCGUUGGAUCUUCCACUCUGGCGCGGAUCGGCCAGCUUGUGGAGUCGGAUUCAAGUGAUGACUCGGAGACGAUGAGUGGGCGGCUGGAGGGCGGGUUGGGGGACUCGUGGGGGAGAGCGCGAGGGGGAGACGAAGCAGGGUCGUUCAAAGCGGGGAGUCUGGCGACGCUGGGGCUAGUGGGGCGUGGAGCUCGUCGGAUGGCGAGGGGAGUGUGGAGAGGAGGGGGGCAGCAGCGGCGGCUCAGCCUGUGGUUGUGGGAUUUGUGGGGCCUGCCAGGCCGGGUACGCCUGUUUCGCUGUCAGGGUUGGGUCUGGGGCUCCUGUGCUGCGCCCUGCGACUUCGGGGGGUUUGUUGCUGGAGGAUGUGGGGAGUAUGAUGACUGGGUGGUGUAUGAGAGUGAGGGGAAGGAGGAGGAGGUGCAGAGUAGGCUUGUCCGGGGGAGGGGGAGAGUGGUGGAGAAGAGGGUGGUGCAGGAGGGGGGUGUGGCGGGGUUGUGGAUAAGAAGGAGGGGCGGGAGCUCCUGCAGCAGCAGCAGGGGCUGUGCCUGGGGGCCAGCAGGCAGGGGGGCAGCAGGCAGGGGGCAGCAGUCGUGGGGGGGGUCUGUGGCAGGGUUCUUUGCAGGGGCAAGCGCGUUUGUGUUUGGGGCGAAGCAUGACGGGCAAGCAGGGAGAGAGGCAGGGAAGGAGGCGCAGCAAGGAAAGGACUUGAAUCAGGCAGGUGAUGCUGGGGCUGGGUUAAGGGACGGGGAGCAAGGGGGGUCUGGGGCGGCAGGUACAGCAGCUGCAGCAGGUGUAGCAAGUGUAGCAAGUGGGGGCAGUGGUAGUGGCGGUGCCAGUGGUAGUGGUAGUGGUAGUGCUAUGCGCCCUCCUCGUCCUCCUUCCCUUGCCAUUCCUGGAGCAAAGGAUAAUGCCACUAGCCCUGGUGCUGGCCGCUAUUCCACCCAUACACAUGCAGGAGCAAACGGAGAGGUUGCAGAGCCGCCAGCAGCAGCAGCAGCAGCUAGUGCUGCUGGUGCUGCUGCUGCUGCUCCUGGUGUGUUUGUGCUAGCGGAGGGGCAUGAGGCUCUUAUGUCUCCCAUUGCGUUCGUUACAGUGUCGCCUGCUAAGAGCACAGGGAGAGGCGCAGAUGGAGCUGCAUUGCCAGGGGCAGCUGCAGCAGCGGCGGCGGUGCCUGGGAGAGCGGUGGGAGGAGCAGCAGAGAUGGGGGUGAUGAGUCAGCAGCCUGCACAGGGGUACCGGCCUGGGGCGGGGCUUGGUGGGUGGAGUAAAGCUCUGGUGCUAGGGGCUGGUGGGUUUGGUAUAGGGUGGGGGGAGGGGAGUGAGGAGGAGGAAAGUGAAGAGGCGGAGAGUGAGGAAGCGACGGAGGAGGGUGAAGAGUAUGAGGAGGAGGAAGAGGAUGAAGAGGAGGAAGAGGAGGAGAUGGAGUAUAGUAGUGAUGAGGAGAGUGAGGAGGAAAGUGAGGAAGAGAUUGAGGAAGAGAGUGAGGAGGAAAUUGAGGAGGAGAGUGAAGAGGAGAUCGAGGAGGGGAGCGAGGAGGCAAAUGAGGAUGCAAGUGAGGAGGAAGAGGAGGAAGAGGAGGAGGAAGAAGAGAGCGAGGAUGAGAGUGUAGGUGCGUGGGUGGGCAGACCGAUACUGGCACCGUCACAGGGAGGCACUCCCACGGGCUAUAUCGGCAUGAAAACCCCCGAUGCAAUCGGAGGCAUCGUGUUUAUCAACGAGUACGGCGCCGCACCCCCCUCCCCUUUUCUGAGGCUAAAUUCUAUGCGUACUGGAGGGGGUACGAGCGGGGCCAGCACGCCGUUGAUGGGGGAGCUGGCAUGGGAAUGGGUGGGGCGAGUGGGGCAAAUGGGGGAGGGGGGAGCAAGUCGCCUAGUGGCAGGCCAGGGGAGGAUGAUGAGCGUGCGGAGGAGGAGGGAAGUGAGGAGGACGAGGGGGGAGGUUGGCAGUGAGGGGUGGGAUGGAGGGGAGAGUGGGGAGGAGGAUGGGAGUGAGGGUCGGAGUGGGAUGGAAGGAGAGAGUGAGGAGGCUGAGAGUGAGGAGGGAAGUGGGUUUGAUGGAAGUGCUGAGGGAGAGAGUAGGGAGGAGGGAGAAGAUGGGGAAUUUAGUGCGGUGGAGAGUGGUGCUUCUGGAGGGAGUGAGGGGAGCGAGGAGGAGAGUGAGGAGGGGAGUGAGGAGGGGAGUGAGGAGGGGAGUGAGGAGGAGAGUGAGGAGGGCAGUGAGUCAAGCCUUAGCCCUGUGGGGAGGUUCAGACGAGGGAGAGACUGA